UGGAGGGCGGGGCUGAAUGACAGUCUGGAAAGCUGCCCAAUCAGAUGGCAGAAGCUUGCGGUUGUCGGCUGCGGUGAUUGGCCCAUCAGAAGCGGGUCCCCAGCCGGAGGCCUUGUGGACAGAGUGAAGCCUGGGGUUUGGCGAAUGCUGAGAGAUGCCACUGCACAAGUACCCACCCAAGAUCUGGGCUGCUCUGCGUUUCAAGGAAGGAAUCCAGUCACGGCUGCCUGCUCACUAUCUCCGCUCUCUCACUGAGAAACAGGAACCCACGCCUGUCCACUUUAAGCCCCAUGGGGUGAAAUCCAAGCGUGACCCACGCACUGGGAAAGAACAGCGAGUACAAGAUGUCCCAAUUCCCAUCUACUUCCCCCCAGAGUCACAGCGUGGACUGUGGGGAGGAGAGGGCUACAUACGAGGGUUCAGAUAUGCCAACAGUGACAAGCUCUCCACUCGACUCAGGAAAACGUGGAAGCCGCAGAUCUUUGUGCGGAAGCUUUACAGUGAAAUCCUGGACAAGAGCUUCGACAUCCCAGUGACUAUGCGAACAUUGGACCUGGUGGAUGCUUGCUACGGCUUCGAUUUCUACAUUCUGAAGAUGUCAAAAGUCAACUUGAAUUCCAAGCUGGGAAUGGACCUGAAGCGUGCGAUGCUGCUGAGACUUGCUCGCAAAGACACGGAGCUGUACCCUGAUGACCCAGAGAAGCGAGAGCGUAUCUACAACAAGUACAAGGAAUUUGUGAUCCCUGAAGAGGAGGCAGAGUGGGUUGGUCUCAGCCUGGAAGAAGCUGUGGAGAAACAGAGAUUAUUAGAGAAAAAGGACGCAGUGCCGCUGUUUAAAGUGUAUGCUGAGGAGUUCGUCCAGCAACUACACAUGCAGCAAUUGAGAGAACCUAUGGUUGUAGAAAAGGUGUCAUAACUGAGCAUGGGGUGCAUCAUCUACAGAGCCGUAGGUUAUGUGGCCAGUGGACACACUGUUUGGCAGAACUUUCCUCCUGACUGUGACUUUGAGUACAGAUGAACCUGCCUCAAUGGGCAGUGUUUAAAUUGACUUUAUGAACUCAUUAUCAGAACCAACUACCAUAGCUGAACAUCAGGUUUUGUAUCGUGUGGAAGAUGGACUGUGCAAAAUCAGAUUCGGGUUUAUUAUCAGUGACAUAUGUUGUGAAAUUUGUUGUUUUGUGUACAAUGCAAUACAUUAAAAAUACUAUAAAUUACAAUAAAUUUCUUAAUGG